AUUGAAUUUUUCAAAUUAAAAUUUGUAUUUAAGCCUUAAAUUAAUAGAGCAUAGAAGAGAAAGCAAGACACUAUAUACUCUUUGGCUACGUCAAAGCAUCCCUAAGUUACAUCACAAGAUUCACAACACAACAUUUACCUCUCUCUCUCUCUCUCUCUCUCAUAACAAAAAGAAGCCUCCACAUGGUUUCAUAUGAAACUGCAUCCCAUAAAGAACAAAGAAGUAUGAACAAGCAUUAAAGACCCUUUCAACUUUCUUCUCCAUUUGACAGGAUAUUCCCCUCUAUAAAUGUGUAGGUGUCUGUGUUCAACUUAGCACAAUACAAGGAAAGCAAAGUAAACCUUCACAAUCUUCCAUAUCACCCAUUACUAUUCCAAGCCAAAAAAACAAAAGAAAGAACAGGGGAUUAUCCAAAUGGCUAGGAAGAGAAAGGCUGGUGAAGGGGCAUCUAAGAGAAAUUCUGAUGAAGCAAACUUGGUUUGGGAUGAGAUGAUGAAGGAAGCAGCCACUGCUGCAGCACUUGGUGGGGCCCGACGAGCUCGGAAGAGAUUUGUGGGGGUACGGCAAAGGCCAUCAGGUAGAUGGGUGGCUGAGAUUAAAGAUACUGUACAAAAGAUUCGGGUGUGGUUAGGAACUUUCGACACAGCUGAGGAAGCAGCAAGGGCCUACGAUGAGGCUGCGUGCUUGCUUCGCGGUGCCAACACUCGCACAAACUUCUGGCCUUCUUCUCCGUCAUCUACUUCAACGCCUGCUCUUCCUUCAAAGAUCACUAACCUUCUCCUCCAUAGGCUCAAAGCAAGAAAUAACCACUUAGCUGCUUCAUCUACUUCUUGUGUGCCUACUAACCAACAGCAGAAGCAACAACAAGAAUUUAUAGGUGAAGUAACUGAUUUUUCAGAAACCCAGUUCACUGAUUUCCUUAAUGAUCCUGAAGUCUACUAUUCCACCGCAGACAACAUGAUGAUCACCAACACUAGUGCAAGUAUUGGCGAUUACACAAGCACAAGUACUUUAAUGUCAUGUUUAACUGAGAAAGAUGAGUGUGGGAUGGUGGAACAGGAUUUUGACUAUAACUGGAGUGAUAUAGCUCAGUCUUCCAGUGGUGAUGGAAAUUCUGGAGGGGGAAUAGAAGAAGAUGGUGAAGAAGAGCGGACCGACCCAGGGGUUGUGGAUUUCCGGUUUAUGGAUGAAGUUGGAUUGUGUUACUAUUCUCCUUUUGAGAUUGCUGAAGAGAUCACAGAUCCUAUGGAGCAGGAAUUUUAUGGAGACGAGCCAUCAAUGCUCAGGGAGGCAAUGAAGAGGAUGAAAUAUGAAAGGAAGUUCUCAGCUUCUCUCUAUGCGUUCAAUGGGAUAACCGAGUGCCUAAGGUUGAAGCUUGGAUCGGGCAGUGUCAAGCAGAGCAGAAGGUCUGAUCUAACCAAUCUCCGGAAUGCAUGUACAAAGAACCAAGAAGAGAAGAAAGCAGAAAGCAAUGCCAUGGAAGUGAAUAAACAGGACAAAAAUGAAGAAAGUUCAACUGAUAUGGGAUCUUCUGCUAGUAACGAUGGUGAAUUGUCACUCUGGAGCUCCCUCGACCUACCUCCUAUCUGUUUUGUUAAUUAACUGGUAGUUCAUGGUUGAAUGCAUGAGCAAACAACUAUCUUUUAGACUGUUUUACCCUUCCCUGAUCUCUCUCUUGAAUAGCAGGAGACAUGUAAUGCCAUGCUUCUAAUGUGGACUACCAAUGUAAUUUUAUUUUCCAUGACCA